ACAUGAUUCUACUCGAGGUGUUUUAGUGAUGUACUGAAUGCCGACGCAGCAGCGCGCAACAUGAACGUGAAAUAGUUGUAGCAUUCUUGUUGUAAAUAACAAUUUGAUAAGGUUUGGGCACAAAUAAUUCAACAUGGAGAUUUUUGGAAGUGCGUUUGAUGAUUCUAUGUUUGGCGAAUCUAAGGACAAGGUGUCCGUCAGUCUGUUACCCUACAAAGCCAAAUUAUGUGAAUCGCAGUGGUUUUGUCAGAGUUCAGCUCUUGACACAGAAGACUCGUUGGAAAAGCAGAAGGUUUUUAAAUUCCGAGGGGAUCUCGCCUGCAGGCAGAGGAACUACAAAGAAGCCCUGGAAGCAUACAAAAGCUGCCUCGAAUGGGUCCCUGACACUAACUUGACGAUCCGAAGAGAUGUGUGGGAAGGAAUGGCCCGAUGUUACUCCAACCUAGGACAAGGGGAGAGAGCCCUGGAGGUUGCUGACUUACUGAGCAAAGAAGCCUCCAACUCCUGUCAUUUAACCAGCCUGCUGCUACUGAAGGUCAGCAUCCAUCAUCAUUCUGGAGCGAUUGGAGCCAAGACGGGGUCACUGGAACAGCUGUGCAGCCUGAUUCCCUAUAACCCCUGGCACUGGUACAACCUGGGACAGACCUGCCUACAGCAGCUAGAGGCCACCGCAUCACUCGGCCCCUGUUCCCUAAAGGAGCGAGCUGCCGGAGCCGAGCCUGAUGGCAGCGGGACGGAGGAAGGUCAGCGAGGAGAGGGGAGAGACGGGGGCGGAGAGGACAGAGCCUGGCUGGAGGCCUGCGUGUGUUUCAUCAGAACACGACUCUUACUGCGCAUGCUUCGCCCGCAGCAGUCCUCCUUUGUAUUGCAGCGCAGCGAGUGCGCCCUCUGCAGGUCAGAUGAGGCACUAGAGCGACUCAACCCUACGGAGGAGACGUUGCAGACGCUGACUGCGGUGUUGUCAGAGGACCUGGCUACAGAGAAGAUGAGGGAAGACAGCCAGGAUGGUGAGAGUCUGGUCAGUGUUGGUGAACUCAGCUUCAGGGAGUGCUGGUGGAACAAGGUGUUGGAAAGCCAGCGCACAGGAGGAGACCAAUACAGACCAGCCGUAGACGGAUGCCAAGCCACAACAGAUUUAGAAGGCUGACUUAACAUUGAGAGGGGAAACCGUUUUUAGUGGAGGAUUGUACCUUUGGUGGAACAUUGUAAAUGCCCCAUCUGGGAGUCCAUACGAAUGUAUAUUACAAUUUAAAACCUGCCUACCUUAAAAUAAACACUUACAUUUUUAUUUUGGAAUAUUUAUUGUGAAACUAUUUGUUAAUAAAACAUGAAGCUUUUAUGGAUUUUACAUUGA